AUUUCUGGGCUGGCAUGCUUCCCCAGAGGGUAAAUGUCACAAAAGGCCAGCAUGCCGCCCUGGUCCCUGGCCACCCCCACCCUGGACCCACACCUCGAGGGGCAGCUGGGCUCCUCUUUACACACGUGCAUUGGUGGGAGCCCAGUCUCCGGAUGGAUUUCCCAGCCCCUUGUCCUACCUCCUAGUACAAUCCACAACCCUCCAAGCCUGUGCCCCCGUCCCUGUCGAGCUGCACUUUGUCCCGUGACUCAGGCCAUCAGGCUGGUGUCUGAAGAUGAACCACCCCCACCUCUCUGCAGGCCCUUGGUAGGCUCCCCACGUGAGCCCCAGGGGCAGGUCCUAGAACACGCUGUGCCCUAGGGCCUUGGUCUGCUGCCCUCUGCUCACUCCUUACCCUCCUGGAGGCCAAAUUGGGGGACGCCUCCUCUCCUGCAGGCAGCCUCUCGUCCAGGCUGCUGACGCCAGCUACCUGCCAGCCCAGCCACAGGCCUGCUCCCUGCACAACUGGGAGGGAGCGGUCAGCCACCUGAGACCCCUAGGGGGGAGAGGGCAGUCUCUGGGCAGCUUCUAAUUUGAACCCAGGACCACCUGGAAUUCCAGGACUGCACCAUCCCCAUCUCUGUAGCAUUUCAACACAUUCCCUGAAGUAAAGGUUUGGGCUUGGUGGUCUGAGCGGGACUCUCAGCACUAAGCAUGGGGCAGUGAGCAUGGGCAAUCUCUCAACUUCUGGGCCAAGCUGCCAUCUCUUACUGCAGCUGCUCCAGGCAAGCUGGGUGCUAGGAGGGACACACAGACCCAGAGACCACUCGGGCCAGACUCAGCAGGAGGCACUGUGGGGAGAGGUGCUCACACCCUGGAAAUGUCGAUCACCACACAGGGCUUUUCCUGUCCCUAGAGGGCUGCCGGCACCUCCUGUGGGAGGGCCAGCCUCCUUCCGUACUGAGUGUCCCCUGCCUGGCCUGCCCUCCAUAGGUUCCUGCCCCAAGUCAGGCGGGCAGAGCCGGCGCUCCAGCCAUGGGCGGCGCGGUGGUGGACGACAGCCCUCCCGGGGUCCCGGCCCCGGAUGGGGGCUGGGGCUGGGCUGUGCUCUUCGGCUGCUUUGUCAUCACCGGCUUCUCCUACGCCUUCCCCAAGGCGGUCAGUGUCUUCUUCAAGGAGCUCAUGAAGGAGUUCGGCAUUGGCUACAGCGACACUGCCUGGAUCUCCUCCAUCCUGCUGGCAAUGUUGUAUGGCACAGGGCCCCUGUGCAGCGUGUGUGUGAACCGCUUCGGCUGCCGUCCGGUCAUGCUGGUGGGCGGAGUCUGCGCGUCCUUGGGCAUGGUGACCGCAUCCUUCUGCCGGAGCAUCCUUGAGGUCUACCUGACCACGGGGGUCCUCACUGGCCUGGGUCUCGCGCUCAACUUCCAGCCCUCGCUCAUCAUGCUGAACCGCUACUUCAGCCAGCGGCGACCCCUGGCCAAUGGGCUGGCAGCAGCGGGCAGUCCUGUGUUCCUGUGCGCCCUGUCCCCGCUGGGCCAGCUGCUGCAGGACCACUACGGCUGGCGCGGCGGCUUCCUCAUCCUCGGGGGCCUGCUGCUCAACUGCUGCGUGUGCGCCGCGCUCAUGCGGCCGCUGGAGCCGGCCCGCACGCCGGGGUCCCCCGAGCCUGGCCCGCGCGCGCCCGUGCGCCGCCGCCUGCUGGACCUCAGCGUCUUCCGCGACCGCGGCUUCGUCAUCUAUGCGCUGGCCGCCUCCAUCAUGGUGCUGGGCCUCUUCGUGCCGCCUGUGUUCGUGGUGAGCUACGCCAAGGAUCUGGGCACGCCCGACACGCAGGCCGCCUUCCUGCUCACCGUGCUGGGCUUCAUCGACAUCUUUGCGCGGCCCACGGCCGGCCUCAUUGCCGGACUGCCACGAGUGCGGCCCUACUCCGUCUACCUCUUCAGCUUCGCCAUGUUCUUCAACGGGGUGGCCGACCUGGGGGGCUCCACUGCCACCGACUACGGCGGCCUGGCGGUCUUCUGUGUCUUCUUCGGCAUCUCCUACGGCAUGGUGGGUGCCCUGCAGUUUGAGGUGCUCAUGGCCAUCGUGGGCACCCACAAGUUCUCCAGUGCCAUCGGGUUGGUGCUGCUGCUGGAGGCCAUGGCCGUGCUGGUCGGGCCCCCCUCUGGGGGCAAGCUCCUGGACGCCACGCAUGUCUACCAGUACGUGUUCCUGCUGGCGGGCGCUGAGGUGCUGUGCUCCUCCCUCGUGCUGCUGCUGGGGAGCCGCUUCUGCAGGGGCCACGGGCCAGGGACGUCCGGUGGGGAGGCGGCCCGGCAAGAGCAAGCCCCUGACCCCACAGCUGGCGUGGUGGAUGCCCGUGAAGUGGAGAUCUUCCUGAAGGACCAGCCCGCCACCAACGGGGAGGCCACGCACAGCCCGGAGACGAGCGUCUGAGUGGGCGCCGGGGACAGGCGCUGAGAGGAGCUGGAUUUAUUCACACGCAGGGCGGGCGGGCUGCCUGGUGGCACCGGUCACUAUCUUGCGGGGGAGGUGGUGGGGAUGGGGGCGUCCCAUUCCACGUCUGGUCUGCAGUGGAGCCAAGCUUGGUUACAGAGCUGCCCUGGGGGCUGGCCACCCUCUCCCCACCCUCCUGCCCACCCAAGGACUGGGACUCAGGACCCACCUUCACUGGAGGUGGGGGCCUCUGGGCAUGCCCUGCUGGGACUGGGCCCCUGGGGCACAGAGAACCCUGUGGGGGUGCUCACACACCUGGGGCUGGAGAACAGGACUUGCAGGAGCCUGGGAAUCGGUGAGGGUGCUAAUGGAGCCCCAACUGUGCUCUGCUGAGAAACCAACCGGAGCCAGGUCUCAGUGCUUCUGUCUGCGCUCAACAGGUCCCCAAGGACCAAGCAAAGGCCUAGCUGUUGUGUGCGCGCGUGUCUGUAGUACACCUGUGAUAAAGGCUGGUUCACCUGC